CUUAGAAUGUGCAAUUCGCCCUCGACAGCGUCCCAAGUUGUGGAAAAAGCCUCCAGGAACCACGCCCCAAUUGCUCCGGCAUGCGCAAUACCAUUCUCGCCGCCUGAGGCGUCACGUCCCACCAACAACCCGCGCGACGCAAUCCAGGAGGGGCUAAGACGGGCAAGGAGAGGGGGAAGCUGCUUGUAUCGUGCUACAGCUGGGCACAUGCAUAGAGAGACCGCACGCCUAGUGGACACGAGAUAGCAGCCACCAUGAGCGCCGGCGGCCAAGAUGCGAAGCUCUUUGCGAGGGGCAAAGUAGCAGAGCUGCGUCUUGAGCUCAACAGCGGCGGCAAGAAAGACAAGAACUUCACCGCGAAGAAGACGGCCCUGAAAAAGAUCGUCGCAAACAUGACCAUGAGCAACAACGACAUGGUCGCACUCUUUCCCGACAUCGUGGGCUGCAUGCACAUUCCGAGCUUGGAAAUCAAGAAGAUGUGCUUUUUGUAUCUCGUCAACUAUGCGAGGAUAAAACCAGACAUUGCCCUCAAGGCCCUACCCAUCAUCCAGGAAGACAUGCACGACAACAACCCGCUCGUGCGAUCGCUUGCGCUCCGAACCAUGUCCUACAUCCACGUUCGCGAAUAUGUUGAGGCGACCGUACCACACCUCAAGAGCCUUCUCCGAGAUAACGAUCCUUAUGUGCGCAAGACUGCCGCCAUAUGCGUUGCGAAGCUGUACGACCAUGACAAGGCCAUGGUCGAAUCCUCCGAUCUCAUUGAUAAGCUGAAUGCGAUGCUGCGAGACGAGAACCCCACAGUCGUAUCAUGUGCUCUGGCCGCGCUGAUGGACAUCUGGGAGCGAUCGGAAACCAUCAAGCUCACCAUCGACUAUGCGAGUGCCUCCAAGAUCGUACAGAUCCUGCAUCAGUGCUCAGAAUGGGGCCAAACAUACAUACUGGAAGCCUUGAUGAACUACGUCCCACAGGACACCCAAGAAGCCGCGAUCCUUGCAGAGCGCAUAGCACCACGGCUCUCACACUCAAACUCCGCGGUGGUUUUGACCUGCAUCCGCGUCAUAUUGUACCUCUUGAACUACAUCUCGGACCAAAAGGUCAUCAAAUCGCUAUGCAACAAGCUCUCCCCACCGCUUGUUACACUCCUAUCAAAGGGGCCCGAGAUUCAGUACCUUGCUCUGCGCAACGCUCUCCUUAUCCUGCAACGACGGCCUGAGGUAUUGCGCAACGACAUUCGCGUCUUCUUCUGUAAAUACAACGACCCUAUAUACGUCAAAGUCACGAAGCUGGAGCUCAUCUUCAUGCUCGCUACCGAGAAGAACAUCAAGGAGGUCUUGACCGAGUUGUCUGAAUACGCCACCGAGAUCGACGUUGACUUUGUACGCAAGUCAGUCCGAGCAAUCGGAAAGCUUGCCAUCAAGAUACCUCCGGCCAGUCAAUUGUGUAUAUCGACACUCCUCCAACUGGUCAGCACAAAGGUCUCGUACAUCGUCCAAGAGGCUACAGUGGUCAUCCGCAACAUCUUCCGCAAAUAUCCCAACCAAUACGAGUCCAUCAUCUCCACGCUGUGCGAGAAUCUCGAUUCCCUGGACGAGCCGGAAGCCAAAGCAGCCAUGAUCUGGGUCAUUGGGCAGUACGCUGACAGAAUAGAGGACAGCGAUGUAUUGCUGGAAGACUUCCUCGAUUCCUUCAGCGAGGAGACGCACGAGGUGCAGCUAGCCCUGCUCACAGCGACGGUCAAGCUGUUCAUACAACGGCCGACGCGCGGUUCGCAACUCGUCCCCAGGGUGCUCAAGUGGGCGACCGAGGAGACGGACAAUCCCGAUCUACGUGAUCGAGGGUACAUGUACUGGCGAUUGCUCUCUUCCUCUCCAGAAGAAGCUAAAAAGAUCGUCAUGGGCGAGAAGCCCGCAAUCACAGCCGAAGAGUCGGAGAAGCUGGACCCGAGCACGCUUGAGGAGAUGUGUCUGAACGUAGGUACCCUCGCCACCGUUUACCUCAAACCGGUGAACCAAGUGUUUCGCUCCGCGCGGCCGAGGAAGCUGCAGGAUUCACCUGCAUUGCAACGGCACGAGCUGCCAACGGCCAAGGCUGCACAGCAAGCGCGCGACCGGGCUGCAGCCGAGCGAAGUCGUUUGGACACAUCAACUACCAACGGCAAUGGGUCAUUGAGCCCCACCAACGGCAGUGGCCUCGAAGCCGCAGCACACGAAGCGGAUCUCUACUUCGCAGGAGUUGGCAGGCAGAGCACGUUUGGAGGAAGCCCGAUUGUGGCGGAGCAGGGUUCGCUGGGAGGCGGGUGGGUGGUCAAUCAAAACAUGCCGCAGGCCGCUGUGAUGAGCCCCGUGGGUGCAGAUGGCAAUCAGGAUCUACUACUGUAAUGGACGGAUGCGAGCCGAGUGGCGGGGCGUUGGAAUGUACAAACUCUCUACAAAGGCGCAGAUCAUAGCGAAUACGAGGGGUAGGACGGGCGCCUUGGAACCUGAGCUUGGCGGCUCGUUGAUCCGGCCGCGAUAUCCUGGUGAGUGCCAGUCGUUUGGGUGCCACGAACAAUGGGUGUAGUGAAUGUACCUCCGACUAGUCGUGCGACAUGUUCCAACGUCAGAAGCCCGUCGCCAUGCCGUGGCCUGAGCUGCCUGUCACAGUCCCUCGAACAGCCCGAACAGCCUCGCGGAUGCAGCGCCGAAGGCAGAGUUCCCCGCGUCUGCAGGCUGUCACAAGGUG